AUGAUACAUAAACGCAAAGGCAACACGUCAGAUACCAAAAGCGAACCAGCCAACACAGCAGAACCCACAAAACCAUCGCCUAAAAGCUCACAGCAAUCAGUUAUCAGUAGUCUAUUCGCAGCAGUAUUUUGGGCUAUCGUUCUCUUCUUUGGUGCCUCCUACCUCAUUACUGAAUCUUGGACUUGGGGAUAUCGUGGCAAAUGGACCAACAUCCAUACCUAUUGGCCUAGAGAACAACUUGUAUUCACCGAGCAAGAAUUGCGUAAAUACGAUGGAAGCAAUCCGAACCUUCCAAUCUACCUUGCCAUUGAUGGCGAUGUUUAUGAUGUGACGGAAGGCCGAGGAUGGUAUAGUCAUGGAGCCAGUUAUGGCCACUUUGCAGGACGCGAUGCAGCACGAGCCUAUGUGACAGGAUGCUUUAAAGAUCACUUGACGCAUGAUUUACGUGGAUUGAGCGAGGCACAAAUCAAGGGUGUCGAGCAUUGGAAGAAGUUUUAUGCAAAUCAUCAUACGUAUUAUAAGGUUGGACGCGUAUUACACGACCCUAUUGAUCCCAAUACGCCAAUACCCCCACCUUGCAAGAAGAGUGUGCCUCAAAAGCCAUCAUCGGGUCAAUAA